AAUCUAGUGAGCUGCCUACAUAGGCAGAUAUUUUAGGUGUCAUAGCCGCAGCAUUUUUAGGCGCCUGUGGACCUUUUACACCGAACGCGAUUUUGUGUCCGCCUGCGUUGUUUUUCUAUGUAAACACGUGCUAGACAGACGUCCAAAAGUGAUGUCUAGUUAGUCAGUUAAGGAGUAUUGAGACACAUCCUGUAACUUCCUCUUGGACAGUAACGGAGCGCAACAGUUUAACACUCGCAUCACUGUGAUGGAGGAACCGGUGUAAAGCAACUACAACAUUUUCUCUUGCUCAGUUAGUUAUCGAGAUUUUGUGAAUACGGAAAUAUAUUUUUCAAUUGGACUGGCAUUUAACUGGCUUCACUAUGGGCUGUGUGGGGACAAAGCCAGAGCAGGAUCCUCUUGGCAAGUCGAUGGGCAACGAUGAUAGUCGCAACACGACACCACAUUAUGUGAAAGACCCCACGACAGGGACCAAAGCUAACAGAAGCAACUCCAACCUGGCUAAUUUUGGCACAGACAGUUCAGAUAAAAUUGCCAUAGCUCUGUAUGAUUAUGAAGCUAUGCAUGAAGGUGAUUUGGGCUUUAAGAAGGGAGACAGACUCAAAAUCCUGCAAGAGUCAGGUGAGUGGUGGAAAGCAGCGUCUCUCAGCAGUGGUCAGGAGGGCUUUAUCCCCAGUAACUACGUUGCCAAAGAUACUCUGGAAACUGAAGAUUGGUUUUUUAAAGGUGUCAGCAGAAAGGAUGCAGAGAGACAGCUGCUGGCCUCUGGAAACAAAAUAGGAUCCUUUAUGAUCCGAGACAGUGAGACCACCCAGGGAAGCUACUCCCUGUCUGUCAGAGACAGUGACCCACAAGCAAGAGAUACCGUGAAGCAUUAUAAGAUCCGUACGCUGGAUAAUGGUGGUUUCUAUAUCUCUCCUCGUAUCACAUUUAGCACCCUGCAGGAUCUCGUCAGCCACUACAAGAAGCAGAGUGAUGGGCUGUGUCAGGCUCUUACAAUUCCCUGUCUGAGUCCCAAACCACAGAAACCUUGGGAGAAAGAUGCCUGGGAGAUCCCACGUGAGUCCCUCAAACUGGAUAAACGCCUGGGUGCAGGCCAGUUUGGAGAGGUCUGGAUGGCAACAUACAACAAGCACACAAAAGUGGCAGUGAAGACUAUGAAGCCUGGCAGUAUGUCUGUAGAGGCCUUCCUCAUGGAGGCUAACUUAAUGAAAACCCUCCAGCAUGACAAACUGGUCCGUCUCAAUGCUGUGGUCACCAAGGAGGAGCCCAUAUACAUCAUUACAGAGUUCAUGGAGAAAGGUAGUUUACUGGAUUUCCUUAAAAGCGAUGAAGGAAAUCGUAUCCAGUUGCCCAAACUGAUUGACUUUUCAGCACAGACAGCAGAAGGCAUGGCUUACAUUGAGCAGAGGAACUAUAUUCACAGAGACCUUCGUGCUGCCAACAUCCUGGUCAAUAAGAGUUUAGUGUGUAAGAUUGCUGACUUUGGUCUGGCCCGUAUCAUAGAGGACAACGAAUACACUGCCAGAGAAGGUGCCAAGUUCCCAAUAAAGUGGACUGCUCCAGAGGCCAUAAACUAUGGUUCCUUCACCAUCAAAUCAGACGUAUGGUCCUUCGGCAUUCUGCUGACUGAAAUCAUUAGUUAUGGUCGCACACCAUACCCAGGUAUGACAAACCCAGAAGUGAUACGCGCUCUGGAGAGAGGUUACCGCAUGCAGCGUCUCGACUCCUGCCCUCAAGAGCUCUAUGACAUCAUGUUGGAGUGCUGGAAGAACAAGCCAGAGGAUAGACCCACCUUUGAGUACCUGCAGAGUGUACUGGAGGACUUUUAUACUGCCACUGAGAGCCAAUAUCAGCAACAGCCCUGAGACACACACACACACACACACACACACACACACACAGAGAGAGAGAGAGAGAGAGAGAGAGAGACCUUGACGUAACAUAUUGCGCAAAUGGAUUGUUCCAGGAACCCUUAAGAAAUCUCGCACAUAAAUAUCUUAAACAUGCCAUCUUAUAUUGACUUUAUAUAUGUAGUGAUAUCAAAUGUGUUACAGUGUGUUAUUUAAAUGAGUACAGUUUUUAAAGAGUACAAUGCAUGGCAGAUUUUAUUCCUGUCAUGCACAGCCUUUUGUCUUACACUGUGAGUGUUGCACAACACAGGCACUGUAUAAAGUUAUAAUUUGUAUAAUGCAGGGUUCCCGCGGAUCCUUAAAAUGUCUUAAAAUGUCUUAAAUUCAGUUUUCCAAAAUGUAAGGUCAUAAAAAGUCUUAAAUAUGUUAAACGAUACAACAAAAGUCUUAUUUAUCAUUUAAUCAUGUCUUAAAUUUGGGAGCAGAAUGACAGGAAUCGUGAUAUGACCUAAUGUGAUUAUCCAACUUCAAAAGAAUAUGAUUUAAUUAAAUAAAUGCCUGCGCUGCGUCCUUCAAAGUGAAAAUGUGGCACUGUUGUAUUUUCUCCAAGCACGCGGGGGCUUGUGAGUGUUUCCAGAUGUUGCAAAGCAGUUCACAAUCAUUAAGCCAUAUCGGAAAUUUAUGACAAGCGAUCACUAAAGAUCAAAUGUUGAUGAUGAUGAUAUAGUGUUGAUGAAAUCUGACAAUGUUUACUUUUAAUUGUUUAUAUUGUAAUAUGUUGUAGAGCACAUUUUGUUUCCCUUAUCUAUUUAAAUGAGCAGCUGGAAGCAGUGAAGUGCAAACAUUUCUAAAUAAGAGUCCCCUGUGUAUUUCAGGCUUUAAAGUUAAAAGUUCCACGCUAUGAAUAAAAUAUCCCCUGUAUGGGGAAACGGUAUUAAUUUUAUUUGAUCAGGUCUUGACAAAAGUCUUAAAAAGUCUUACAUUUGAUUUGAAAAACUCUGCAGCAACACUGAUAUAAAAAAGAUGAGAUAUGGUUGCCUUUACAACCUCUUUUCAGAUAUUGUUUUGUCAAAAUUCAAUGUCACAAGAACUGUAUUUCAUAGCUAAAGAUUUGUGGUUGUGUGUAUUGAAACUGUGAGCAAACAUUAAGAGUAUUAAAACUAAAUGUAAUUUGGAUUGUUUGUGAUCAAAAUAGCAGAGAUGAAUUGUAAAACUUCAACCUACAUUAGGUCUCAAAAAUGUUAUAUGAGUUUAAGAUGAGUCUAAGGUUGAGAAAGGUAUAAAUAUCCCUUUUAAUAAGUAUGUUUAAACUUUAUUUAAUGAGUUCUGUGAAAAAUAAUGUUUCUUUGAAUGAAAAAAAUUAUGAACAUGGAUGGUGAAUGAGACUAACAUACUGCCUAACUUCUUUUGUGAUCCACAGUAAAAAAGAAAGUGAUAUGGGUUUGGCACAACAUUAGGGUGAGUAAAUGAUGACAAAAUUUCAUUUUUGGGUGAGCUAUAUUUUUAAAACUGUAAUGUAUUGCAUUUGUACGUUUGUGUUUCAGGUUUAUUUGGUACUUCUAUAAACCUAAUGCUAUUUAUCCAUUGAUAGUUGUAUUUAAGUAUUUGUAUGUCUUGGAUUUGGUUGACAUUUGGCUGGAAUUUUGUGCAAUAAUAGUACAGAAUUGUGACAUUCUUUUAUAUUCCAUUUUAAUUUCCUGCCAUCAGAUUUUUGAGGAACCAUUAACGUUAUUCUAAUCUGUGUAAUGUGAAAAUAUGAUUUGUGUUGAUUAUACAGUUGAUUUUUAGAAUAAUUAAAUAUUGGCCUGUAAAAACUGCACAAUGACACAAGUUGUAUCUCUGUGUAUAUAUUGUUAUUAGUUCAGAAACAAAUAAAUCUUCUUACAUUUUGA